CUAAUUUUUAGCUGUGUUCCAUGCUUAUCUCUAGACCUUUGUGUAUUAAAUCCUGUCUCGAGCUGUUCCCUUUAUACACAAGUGUGUUUUGCUUGUGCCUUCCUGUCUUCUUCAGUGAGAAGCUUUAUGUAGGUCAGGCUUGGCUUAAGCAGAUUUCCUGAACCUGCGUCAGCUUAAGCUGGAGGAAUUUUAAUAAACCCUCCCCUGUAGGCGUGGGCCUAAAUGAGGCUAGCCUAGUUAAGCCUGAUCUUUUUCUGUUUGUGAAAAGAGCUGAGCAGAGCUGAAGGCUGCAUGGUGGUUUCAGAAACUGCCUACUUAAUUUGAAAAGAACAAUGGUAGGAAAGGCUAGAUCUUCCAAUUUUACCUUAUCUGAAAAGCUUGAUUUGCUAAAGCUUGUGAAGCCAUAUGUGAAAAUUCUCGAAGAACACACUAAUAAACAUUCAGUAAUAGUGGAAAAGAAUAGAUGUUGGGAUAUCAUAGCAGUUAACUAUAAUGCAAUUGGAGUAGACCGCCCUCCUCGAACAGCACAAGGCCUACGCACCCUUUACAAAAGGCUCAAAGAAUAUGCCAAACAGGAGCUAUUGCAGCAAAAAGAGACCCAAUCAGAUUUUAAAAGCAAUAUUUCUGAGCCAACCAAGAAAGUUAUGGAGAUGAUUCCCCAGAUUUCCAGUUUUUGCCUGGUAAGAGACAGGAACCACAUACAAAGUGCAAACUUGGAUGAGGAGGCACAGGCUGGUACCAGUUCACUACAGGUAAUGUUGGAUCACCAUCCUGUUGCCAUUACAGUGGAGGUGAAGCAAGAAGAAGACAUUAAACCACCUCCUCCACUGGUUUUAAAUUCUCAACAAAGUGAUACUUUAGAGCAAAGAGAAGAACAUGAAUUAGUACAUGUUAUGGAAAGAUCCUUGUCGCCUUCACUUUCCUCUGUUGAUAUGAGAAUGACAUCGUCUCCAUCUUCUAUUCCAAGGAGAGAUGAUUUUUUUCGGCAUGAGAGUGGCGAACACUUUAGGUCACUAUUAGGGUAUGAUCCUCAGAUCCUGCAAAUGUUGAAAGAGGAGCAUCAGAUAAUUUUAGAAAAUCAAAAAAAUUUUGGAUUGUAUGUUCAGGAGAAGAGGGAUGGAUUGAAAAGAAGGCAGCAGCUAGAGGAAGAACUACUAAGAGCAAAAAUUGAAGUGGAGAAGCUGAAAGCAAUUCGCUUACGGCAUGAUCUACCUGAAUAUAACAGUCUCUAAGUUUUUUUUUUUUUUUUGGUCAAUCUUGCAAUUGGUUAAUUUUGAUUUUGGCCAAAUUACUUUAAUUUGGGAGUAUCCUGAAACAGAAUACAUGUUCUUAAAAAAUGUUGUUAAUCUCUAUUAUGGAAAAUCUUUUUUUAUAUAAUUUUCUAGUUAUUUUAUUUUGAGAUAUUAAAAUUUACUGAUUGAUUGGCAUGGUUAUAGUUUUUAUUGUCUUUUUUUUUUUCCUGAGUUUGUUGACCUUACAAAAGAUAUUUUAUUCUGAUCACUAAGAUAUACACAAAUACGACAAACACAUAUUCUUUCAAAGUUCUGAGUCUUUAACAUUUUUAGUUAGAACUUUGAAAACUGUAGCUAAAGAUUUUUAAGUCAGUCUAAUUUAGAAGCUAUACUAACCUAAUACCAAGAAGCUUGUCUGUAUGAUACUGGUUUUUAUGCUUUUAUCUUUUGAAGGAGUAAAUCCUAGGAUUUUAGAGAUGGAAGAUAUUUGGAGAACACUUUUUCUGCCUCUGCACUUUAGAGGUAAUGAAACAGAAGUUCAGGGAGAACUCAGUGAUUUACUUUGUGUAACAGAGCUAUUUAUGGCAGAGCAGGGACCAGCACUUAGUUUUUCUUUGUGUAAUUUUCCUCCCACUAUUUGAUAGAAGUAAAUAUCCACAAAAAUAUUCUCUAGAUUUAAAUACUAGAAGCAUUUGUUUCAUUAAAAUUGUUUUUUAAGAUUGUUAGGUUGUGAAAUCAGGAAAAUUGUAUCAAUUACCCCAUUCUCUCUCUAUUUUUGGUCCAGCAAAAUAGACAAGGUAUUCCAUUGAUGCUAUUAUAUAAUUUGGCUGUGUGAUUAAAGACAUAUCUUAAUUCAUUUUAAAUGUCCUGUUCUGGAAAAAAUUUCUUUCACAGCAAAAAUCAGAAUGAACAAAAUUAAAAUUUUAUGUUUUUUUAAGUAUUAUCUUUUUAGUAUUUGUGGAAAUAAAACCUCAAUUCUUAAAGCACAUAUAUUAAAUUUAUAUUAAGUAUCUAAUAAGUAUUUACUUAAGAAUUUCUAUUUUUGCUGGGGUUCUGUUGAGAAAGGAUUUUUAAGCCAAGUUUUAGAAUGGGGUAGGUGGAAUUUUAGCAGUGAAGGGGAGCAUGGGUGUUUGAAGUCAGAGUGAGAAGCUGGAAAAAAGACAAGGAAAUGGGAAAAAGUGGAUUGGGUAUAUAAGCACAAAUGCAGUGCUAAGCCAGUGAUUUUAAGUGAGUGUAGAGAGAGUUUGGAUUGUGGUAUCCUGGACUAGGAAGGACAUCUCCCUGGACUAGGUAGGAUAGCUGCUGUUUAACUCCAGCAGAAUUUUCACAUGCGGGAGAAAACCAGAAAUCUACAUUGGUUUAAUGCAGAAUUUUCCAAUUUUAAAAUGUUUGCAAAUAACUCUUGCUUUCAAGACAUUAUACAGACAACAUGUGAGUGGGCCUCAUUGAACCAUUGGGCUUCCACUUUGUGGCCUUUGGAGUAGAGCAAUAGUUUUCCAAGUAUGGGUCCUGACUAGCAGUAUCAGCAUCACUUGAGAACUUGUUAGAAAUGUAAUUCCAAUUCGAACUGAAUUAGAAACCUUGAGGGUGGGGUCAGCAAUCUCUUUAAUAAACCCUCUAGAGAUUCUGAUGCAUGCUAAAGUUUGGGGACCAGUGAAACAGAGUAUUUUAGAACAUUAUUUGGUGCCUAAAUCAUACUAGUCUCAAAAUUUUUGUUGAAGAGCAGUUGAAAGUGAACUGAGGGAUAUAAAUUUGGAUGAUGGUUGUUACCAGAUUAUGAAUUACAUUAAAUAUUAUUUAUAAUGAGUCAGACUUAACUCAUCAUACAGUGGGAAGCCACUGAAGGCUUUGUAUUAGGGGACUAAUUUGAUUAUAGUUGUGAUUUAGGAGGAGUGGCAUUUAGGGACAGGUGUUGAGAGGAACUUAAAUCAGAAAUUUAAGUCAUGGCUAUAGAAAUGGAAAAAAAUAUAAAAUGAACUCUUAAGGUACUAUUUUAGCAUGUUGACUGCUUAAUUUCAUUGGUUGGAUUAAAACGAAGGUGUUUUAUACCUGGUAGAGUUAACUUUUUAAAUUAUAAAGAUGUACUGAAUAUAUAAUAUGGCAUAUCAUUUUGACAAUGUUACCUUUUCUCUUUAAUCUGUGCUAUGACAUCUCUUUGAGUCUAAUGAAUUUUGUAAUUCUUAAUUUAAGGUAAUGUUUCACAGUAUAAUUAUAGUAAAUACAUCUUUGCAUUAGUAAGCUUUAUUUUUUGAAAUUAUUGAAAGCAAAUAUAUGAGAUUUAAUUCACUUUACAGUUUCAGCAUGAAUUGAUAAUGGAAUGUUCAAUUUGAAUGUUGGCUUUGUACAGCAAAUCAGAGUUUUCCCAAGUGUGUUCUGUGGAACAUUAAUUCUAUGAGAUGUUUCUAGAAAAGACAUCUUUUUUUGGUGGUUAAGUUCUGAAAUAAUUGUGAAAGGUAAAAAUUAUGUGUACACAAAAUUGCCUUUGAAAAUUCCUUUGCUGACCGUAAAAUAGCAUAAACACAGUCUGCUACAAUCUUAUUUUUCUCCAGCAUUAAGAUUGCUUUUUCUUUAGUGUGUUAGAUGACACAAUUCAUUAGCAUUUAGGGGCUAUAUACAGUAAGAAACCUAUUUGUACGUAAUUUUAAACACCAGAAUCACACUCUGAGUUUACUGCAGCAAUUUUUCCAAGUCAAUCUUUUUUUUCUCCAAGUCAAUCUUGUUUUAAUUUUAAUUUGCAAAAGUUUAAAUGCUUAUAAUUCUGCUCAUUGUCUACCUUCCCUUGUACAACCAUGUUUAGCAUAGUAUAGUUUAUGAGAAUUCCUGUACAAAGAAAAUUAUUUAUUUGGCCAUAUAAUCCUUUUCAGAGGCUGUUUAUUUUCUUACAGAGUAUCUUAGGGUAAUUUGGAACCAAACCUUUUUUUUUUUUUUUCUUCUUUCUCACAUUGAGACGUUUUUGAAUUUGGGGAAUACUUACCAACUACCAACUAACAUUAGCAGUUUUUGUUGAGGACAAGUUUCAUUAAGGGAAAUAUAUAGGGGAAAUUUUGCUACUACCAAUGGAAUAUACACUUGGCUCUCUAUCUGCAGGUUUCACACCUGCGGAUUGAAGUACUGUGGAUUGAAAAUAUUCAAGCAAAAAAAAAAAAUUAACAGUACAACAAUAAAAAGUAAUACAAAAUUUAAAAAUACAGCAUAACUGAGGUAGGAGUUGGGCUAACCCCCAAUUUUGGGGCUCACCAUCCUGCAUCAUAACUAUUUAUGUAGCAUUUACAUUGUAUUAGGCAUUGUAAGUAAUCUAGAGAUGACUUAAAGUAUUUGGAAGGAUGUGUGUAAAUUGUAUGUGAAUACAAACAUUUUAUAUAAGGGACUUGAGUAUCUGUGGAUCUUGAUGGGGUAAAGGGUGUCCUAGAACCAAUCGCUCCCGGAUACUGAGGGAUGACUAUCACUUAAGCCACCAGACAUCCUGCGUACCACCGACACUUGUUUGGGGGCCAUGAGCUUUAAUUACAAAAUGUAAUGCUGGGUGAACACAGAGAACAGUGAUUUUUUUUUUUUAAAUGUAGACUUGAUUCUGUAGAAAUAUAUUACAUUUGAUAAAUAUACUAAAUAAAUAGAUUAUUUCAUCUAAUACAUUAGUAUUUCAGAUAGUGGAUAGCUACUUCCCUUUCUGUUAUCCAUAUGAAUAUAAAUGGAUAUGUUGUUACAACUUAUGAUUUUGUAAACUAGCUAUGAUUUGUAAUGACAUCCUGAGAAAAGUCAAUGAAACUUAUUUCUAAUGAAUGCCAUAUUUCUUAAAAUAGUCAAAUUAAGUAUUUUUUUUUUGUACGAUGAGAUAUCAACUUCUUGUUAUUUCAUUUUUUUUUAAGGAGUCACUCUACCCUGUUCUGUAUUUACUUACGUGAAAAUGUUUAUGAGUUUUUUUCAUGUGCCUUCUUUUAGAGUAAUGUCAAAUUUUAAAUACACAUGUUUAAGUAACUUAGAGUGUAAUAAAUUGUGUUUAACAUAUACUGUAGAUAAUGAUGGUUAAAUGCUUUGUUAACACAUGUUCUUUUAAAUACAAGAGAAUACUUUGUACUGA